CUUGGCGAGGUUUUGUACAGUUUGCUCCGGGAGCUGUUUCUUCGCUUCCACCUUUUUCUCCCCCACACUUCGCGGCUUCUUCAUGCUUUUUCUUCUCACCAUUUCUGGCCAAAACUACAAACAAGACUUCGCAGAUCGAGCCUGCGUGCUGCCGAAGCAGGGCGCCGAGUCCAUGCGAACUGCCAUCUGAUCCUCUCUUAUCAAUGAAGCAGCCGAUCAUGGCGGAUGGCCCCCGGUGCAAGAGGCGCAAACAAGCCAAUCCCAGGAGGAAAAACGUGGUGAACUAUGACAAUGUAGUGGACACAGGUUCUGAAACAGAUGAGGAGGACAAGCUUCAUAUUGCUGAGGAUGACGGUAUUGUGAACCCUCUGGACCAGGAGACAAGUCCAGCUGGCCUGCCCAACCAUGAGUCCUCCCCACGCAUGAGCCAAGCUUUGUUGCCAAGAGAGGAAGAGGAAGAUGAGAUAAGAGAGGGUGGAGUGGAACACACCUGGCACAACAAUGAGAUUCUACAAGCCUCUGUAGAUGGUCCAGAAGAAAUGAAGGAAGACUAUGACACUAUGGGGCCAGAAGCCACGAUCCAGACUACAGUUAAUAAUGGUACAGUUAAGAAUGCAAAUUGCACAUCAGACUUUGAGGAAUAUUUUGCCAAAAGAAAACUGGAGGAACGCGAUGGCCACGCAGUCAGCAUCGAAGAGUACCUUCAGCGCAGUGACACAGCCAUUAUUUACCCAGAAGCCCCUGAGGAGCUGUCUCGCCUUGGCACGCCAGAGGCCAAUGGGCAAGAAGAAAAUGACCUGCCACCUGGAACUCCAGAUGCUUUUGCCCAACUGCUGACCUGCCCCUACUGUGACCGGGGCUACAAGCGCUUGACAUCACUGAAGGAGCACAUCAAGUACCGCCAUGAGAAGAAUGAGGAGAACUUUUCCUGCCCUCUUUGUAGCUACACGUUUGCCUACCGCACCCAGCUCGAGCGGCAUAUGGUGACGCACAAGCCAGGGACAGAUCAGCACCAAAUGCUAACCCAAGGAGCAGGUAAUCGCAAGUUCAAAUGCACAGAGUGUGGCAAAGCCUUCAAGUAUAAACACCAUCUGAAAGAACACCUGCGAAUUCACAGUGGUGAAAAACCCUAUGAGUGCCCAAACUGCAAGAAACGCUUCUCCCAUUCUGGUUCGUACAGUUCACAUAUCAGCAGCAAGAAAUGUAUUGGUUUGAUUUCAGUAAAUGGCCGAAUGAGAAACAAUAUCAAGACGGGUUCUUCCCCUAAUUCUGUUUCUUCUUCUCCUACUAAUUCAGCCAUUACUCAGUUAAGAAACAAGUUGGAGAAUGGAAAACCACUUAGUAUGUCUGAACAAACAGGCUUACUUAAAAUCAAAACAGAACCACUAGACUUCAAUGACUAUAAAGUCCUUAUGGCCACACAUGGGUUUAGUGGCACUAGUCCCUUUAUGAAUGGUGGGCUUGGAGCCACAAGCCCUUUAGGAGUUCAUCCAUCAGCACAGAGUCCAAUGCAGCACUUAGGUGUAGGUAUGGAAGCCCCUUUACUUGGAUUUCCCACGAUGAAUAGUAAUUUAAGUGAGGUACAGAAGGUUCUACAGAUUGUGGACAAUACCGUUUCCAGGCAAAAGAUGGACUGCAAGGCUGAAGAGAUUUCAAAGUUGAAAGGUUAUCACAUGAAGGAUCCAUGCUCUCAACCUGAAGAACAAGGAGUUACUUCUCCUAAUAUUCCACCUGUCAGUCUUCCAGUAGUAAGUCAUAAUGGUGCCACUAAAAGUAUUAUUGACUAUACCUUAGAAAAAGUCAACGAAGCCAAAGCUUGCCUCCAGAGCUUGACUACUGACUCAAGGAGACAGAUCAGUAACAUAAAGAAAGAGAAGUUACGUACUUUGAUAGAUUUGGUCACUGAUGAUAAAAUGAUUGAGAACCACAACAUAGCCACUCCAUUUUCAUGCCAGUUCUGUAAAGAAAGUUUUCCUGGCCCCAUUCCUUUGCAUCAGCAUGAACGUUACCUUUGUAAGAUGAAUGAAGAAAUCAAGGCAGUCCUGCAACCUCACGAAAACAUAGUCCCCAACAAAGCCGGAGUCUUUGUUGAUAAUAAAGCCCUCCUCUUGUCAUCUGUACUUUCUGAGAAAGGACUGACAAGCCCCAUCAACCCAUACAAGGACCACAUGUCUGUACUCAAAGCAUACUAUGCUAUGAACAUGGAGCCCAACUCUGAUGAACUGCUGAAAAUUUCCAUUGCUGUGGGCCUUCCUCAGGAAUUUGUGAAGGAAUGGUUUGAGCAACGAAAAGUCUACCAAUAUUCAAAUUCCAGGUCACCAUCACUGGAAAGGAACUCCAAGCCGUUAGUUCCCAACAGUAACCCUCCCACAAAAGACUCCUUAUUACCCAGGUCUCCUGUAAAACCUAUGGACUCCAUAACAUCACCAUCCAUUGCCGAACUCCACAACAGUGUUACAAAUUGUGAUCCUCCUCUCAGGCUAACCAAACCUUCCCACUUUACCAAUAUUAAGCCAGUUGAAAAAUUGGACCACUCAAGGAGUAAUACUCCUUCUCCUUUAAAUCUUUCCUCCACAUCUUCUAAAAACUCCCAUAGUAGUUCGUAUACUCCAAACAGCUUCUCUUCUGAGGAGCUCCAGGCUGAGCCUUUGGACUUGUCAUUACCAAAACAAAUGAAAGAGCCGAAAAGUAUUAUAGCCACAAAGAACAAAACAAAAGCUAGUAGCAUAAAUUUAGACCAUAACAGUGUUUCUUCAUCAUCUGAAAACUCAGAUGAACCUCUGAACUUGACUUUUAUCAAGAAGGAGUUUUCUAAUUCAAAUAACAUGGACAACAAAAGCACUAACCCAGUAUUCGGCAUGAACCCAUUUAGUGCUAAACCCUUAUACACAGCUCUUCCACCACAAAGCGCAUUUCCCCCUGCCACUUUUAUGCCACCAGUCCAGACCAGUAUUCCUGGACUACGACCAUACCCAGGACUAGAUCAGAUGAGCUUCCUACCACAUAUGGCCUAUACUUACCCAACUGGAGCAGCUACCUUUGCUGAUAUGCAGCAAAGGAGAAAGUACCAGCGAAAACAAGGAUUUCAGGGAGAAUUGCUUGAUGGAGCACAAGACUACAUGUCAGGCCUAGAUGACAUGACAGACUCCGAUUCCUGUCUGUCACGAAAGAAGAUCAAGAAGACAGAGAGUGGCAUGUAUGCAUGUGACUUAUGUGACAAGACAUUCCAGAAAAGCAGUUCCCUUCUGCGACAUAAAUACGAACACACAGGAAAAAGACCACACCAGUGUCAGAUUUGUAAGAAAGCGUUUAAACACAAGCACCACCUUAUCGAGCAUUCGAGGCUUCACUCGGGCGAGAAGCCCUAUCAGUGUGAUAAAUGUGGCAAGCGCUUCUCACACUCGGGCUCCUACUCGCAGCACAUGAAUCACAGGUAUUCCUACUGCAAACGGGAGGCGGAGGAGCGGGAAGCCGCAGAGCGCGAGGCACGCGAGAAAGGGCACUUGGAACCCACCGAGCUGCUGAUGAACCGAGCUUACUUGCAGAGCAUUACCCCGCAGGGGUACUCUGACUCGGAGGAGAGGGAGAGUAUGCCGAGGGAUGGCGAGAGCGAGAAGGAGCACGAGAAGGAAGGCGAAGAUGGCUAUGGAAAGCUGGGGAGACAGGAUGGCGACGAGGAGUUUGAGGAGGAAGAGGAAGAAAGUGAAAAUAAAAGUAUGGAUACGGAUCCCGAAACGAUACGAGACGAAGAGGAAGCUGGAGACCACUCCAUGGACGAUAGUUCAGAGGAUGGGAAAAUGGAAACCAAAUCAGACCACGAGGAAGACAAUAUGGAAGAUGGCAUGUAAUAAACUACUGCAUUUUACGCUUCCUGUUUAUUAUUUUUCUUUCCUCCAGUAGUAUUGUUACCUGCUUGAAAACACUGCUGUGUUAAGCUGUUUAUGCACGUGCCUGAUGCUUCCAGGAAGCCGUAGAGGGGGACGGAAGGGGCAGUUCAGCCAAGACAGAUGUAGACAGAGUUGGAGCUGAGUAUUGUUAAAAACUGCAUUAUGCAAAAAUUUUGUACAGUGUUAAGGCCUCAAAACUGUGUGGUUCAGAGACUAAUUCCUGUGUUUAAUAGCAUUUAUACUUUAAGCACAACUAGAAAAUUGUAAGAAUUGCACUCUUAGGUAUCACUACAAACUUAAGAAAAAACAACUAUGUCUAAUUUAUAUUAAUACAUUUUUAAAAGGUGCCCGCACUACCAGACAUCAGUAUUUUUAUUAUUGUUGUUGUUGUUAUUCUUUCUUAAUUUAAUGUGCUCGCACUACAGUGCAUCCUUAUCACAAUUCCUCUAUCUUUUCCUUUCGCUAUUCAU